GGAACCGGAAGUUAUUGUCUUCUUCGUGUGUUGCACUUGGAAGUUUGCAGCAGUUUCGCAAACCCUGAAAAAACUCAAUCCUGCAGUGAUUUCGUAUCGACACCAUGGCCGCACUGGAACCAUAUGCCGAUUUAAUUGAAGACUUAUUUAAAACUGGCAAGACACAUGUCGAGAUUUCUACUACACUGCAGCAGAUGGGUAUCCAGCAGUGUUCUGAAAUGAGUGUAAGAAGAUUCUGUGUUCAGCAUGACCUUAAGCGAAAAAGACAUGUAUCGGACACAGAACUAGAGAGGGCUGUGGUUGGAUCAAUAUAUGAAACGGGCCCAUCUUAUGGCCGCAAGUUCAUGACUGGCUAUCUGUCUUCAAUGGGAGUGCGUGCAGGAGAAUGUCGAGUUGGGAAAAUCCUCAGAGAGAUUCAUCAGCCAUACCACGAAUUCCGACACCAGGGUGCUCGUAAUCUAAAUCCCAUCCCGUAUCAUGCUGAAUAUAUGGGCCAUAAAAUUCACCUGGACCAAAACGAGAAGCUUGUGAUGUUUGGAGUGACACACGUCGUGGCAGUUGAUGGCUACAGCAGCAAAAUUGUUGCCAAUGCCACCAUGCCAGUGAAAAACAACCUUGUGAUUUAUGAGGAAGUUUACAGAUCUGCAGUGGUUAACCAUGGCAUGUGGGACCAACUCAGGGUUGACCAUGGCAGGGAGUUUUACAUGUGCUUGUACAUGCAAGAGAUGCUAUCAAGACAUAGACACAACCCUAGCAGGCCACCAUACCUUCAAACAACAUCAACAAGGAAUCUUCGAGUGGAAAGGAUUUGGCCCGAGGUGAACAAUCGUGUGAACUACCCAUUGAAACAGGCCCUGGUACACCUGCUGGACCAAGAAGUCCUCAACAUGGAGGACAAUAUGACUAAAUUCUGCAUUUCAAACCUGACAUGUCAAUUAAGCCAAAUUGGACUAGGCAGAGUGGUACAAUCGUGGAAUGCACACAGGAUCCCAGGCCGUGGGAUACCCAAUGAACUCGCUGCAGGUGGCUGUCCAGCUAAAAUCUCCGAAGAGCUGCUGCCCAAUGCCUCUGUUGUGGCUAACAUGUAUGAGCAAGAGUUUGGAUCCUCGCUGACUUGGGUGUCAGUUUUUGGAACUGACCCAUUUUCAUCUGAGGAGGAUAGAUGUCAUGCAGAACAAGACUUUGCAGAGAACUACCCUGACAUCUCUCUUCUUUUUAAUCAUGUGGUAAACAAUGACUAUACACCUUUCCAAGAUGCCUUGUUGUGUCUCAUAAAUGUCACCCAAAGAUAUGUGAACUGAACUGAACUGCUGUGGUGUUGUUCAGUAGCUAGGAAAACAGUUGUUAUGCUACAGUGCUGAUUCAAAGUUUGUCAACCCUUUAUGCAAUUAUAGUUUUUGUACAAAAUCUCAAUUGGCCUCCACACUGUUGGAAUCAACUAUGGAUUGGUCUCAGUGUGUUUGUUCUUUACUUUAUCAAACAGUAAUCAGUCUGCAUACAGUCUCUAUUGAUACCCUCUUAAUUGUUGCACUUUUUACUGUAUGUUGCCAGAGAGCACCCUGGAUAACCCUGGUCUUAAAAAAAACCAAGGAAUCCAGAUUUAUUUAAAAAUUGUAUGUAGCUGCCACUGUGCCCCCAACUUGUCAGUUGAAUAAUUAGACAAAUAAAUCUUUGCUUUAAA